AUGGACAGUGUGCGUUCUUUAACGAAACAAAGUCUUUUACCGGAUCAAAUUUACGUGAAUAUUCCAACAGGACCAAUGAAACGACAUCCAGAACGUUCCUAUGAUGAGAUUGAGAUCCCAUUGGAGCUUACAAGUCUCACACCUUUGGUCCAUAUCAAUCGCUGUGUUGAUGACGGUCCUGCCACUAAAUUGCUAGGAGCUCUGAGACUGGAAAACAAUGCGUCGACGCUGAUUAUUACACUUGAUGACGACUUUGUAUACCCUCCAGAGCUCGUGGCUUCUCUGGCGUGGGAAGCUGAAGCGAAGCCAGAUGAUGUACUGGGUGUUUGUGGAUGGGGAAUGCUUCCCAUGUGGCAUCAAGUGGGUGUAGUACCAGCUUAUGUGCCUUACUUUAUGCGUCCCAAUGGACGUUAUGUGGAUAUUUUGCAAGCAUGCUGUGGCAAUGCUUAUCGACGAGGUUUCUUUACAGAUGUAGAAGCUCUUGCGGUGAUUCCACCGGUAUGUGUGACGGUCGAUGAUGUGUGGAUUGCUGGAUAUUUACGGACAGUGGAGCAGAGACGUAGUGCAUUGAUCAGCAAAAGGUUGGAUCCGUUAGAUCCACCGUGGAAAAAGGAGGAAGCACACUCGUCGGAACGACAAAUGACUCUAUCCAGCUAUAACCAUGAACAUCAGGUACACUACAAGUGUGUACAGGCGCUCGAAGCGAAGUUCCAGCGGCGGUGGACGCGCAACUUUGAAGAAAAAGUGGCAGAACUAAAUAAACAAGUCGGCUAG